CUGUGCCUCGUCUGUGUUCUUAGCCAUUCUUGCCACAAAUCGAAGAAUCCGUAACAUCGAUUCGGAGACGGGUUUUUUAAUCAUCCUCAAGUUUUUUUGAAAUACUCCCGGCGCAGUCUUCGUUUACAGAUGUCAUCGAAGAUUUCAAUAAAAUAAUUGUAAGACAACGAGAAACUAUUCUUACGAUCCCACGAGCCUGCAGAAUAUAUUGCGAUACAAAUACGUUUCGCGUUCCAUGCAAGUCUAAUUCGUUCGUUUCUCUGCAAGGUCGUGGCACGGAUGACCUUUGAACGUUGUAUUAACGGCAUGUCAAUUGGCGAUAUAUUAUUCGUUAAUAAAGCUGAGUCGUUGAGAUCCGUAGAUGUUACAGGAACGUUGUUUAUCGUUUAAAAGGAACGCGUAGACCGAUUUUAUAUGUGCGCAAAUUGUGACGAAGCGCCUCUUCACGGAGGCAGUUAGAGUUAGCGGUCGAUAGAAAAUAAAGAGUAGCAGGGGGGUGAUUGUAGAAGAUCCGUACCGAAACAGCAGUGUGAGAGAUGGAUUUCAACGUGAAGAAAUUAGUGAAAGAUGCUGGUGCCGCGCUUAGCAGGGUUGUACAGUUAACUGAGGAAACGUUAGGAACAUCGGAAAAAACGGAAUUGGAUGCACAUUUAGAGCAUCUUGCUGAAAGGGCGAAUGCAACUAAAACAUGGACAGAGAAAAUUCUUAGGAACAUGGAGUCUGUACUUACUCCAAACCCAGUUGAUUCUAUUAUAGGCAAUAGAAUUGAAGAUUUCUUUUAUGAGAAGAUCGACAAGAAGAAGCCUAAUAGAUUGAGUAAUCUAGAAUAUGUGGGUAUGGACAUGAUAGAAGCUGGAAAUGAUUUUGGCCCAGGAAUUGCUUAUGGAGCUGCACUAAUAAAAGUGGGCUUGUGUCAACAGAAAUUAGGACAAAUUGAGAGAGACUUUAUAGGCACUUCAGCUAAUUGUUAUAUACAACCCUUAAGAAAGUUUUUGGAAGGAGAAAUGAAAACCGUUAAUAAAGAAAUGGCAAUAUUAGAAAAUAAGCGAUUGGAUUUAGAUGCGUGUAAGAACAGGGUGAGAAAAGCAAGAAGCAUGCUGGGCCAGCAAAGUGAGUCUGGCGUAUCACCUGAAGUAUUACUUGAUCAGGCAGAGAGGGAGUUAAGGGUAGCACAGUCAGACUUUGAUCGUCAAGCAGAGAUAGUGAAGCUGCUGUUGGAAGGGGUUUCAAGUUCUCAGGCGGGACACCUACGCUGCCUUCACGAGUUCGUCGAAGCUCAAGCUCGUCAUUAUGCUCAGUGUCAUGCUACAAUGCAGGAUUUGCAGCGUGAAUUAGCUGGCUUAUCUGGGGGCCCUUAUCACUCCACCACUACCCCACCAACUUCCAAUGUAUCAGCGGAAAAUGGUCAAGAACGUGCAAGGGUACUAUUUGAUUAUGAAGCGAGGGAUACUAGUGAAUUAAGCGUCGAUCAAGAUGAGGUAAUUACCGUCUUACAAAUACCCGACGACGAAGACUACGUGAUGGGUGUAAGAGGAAAUCAACAAGGAAAAGUUCCAAAAGUAUAUUUAGAAAUGUUAGUUGUUUGUCAAUGAAAAUUCACUUAAUAUUCGUGCACAUUCCAUUAUAUUUGAAAGUUUCAUUUUACCCUUUAAUAUGAAAUGAAACUGCCUUAUGCACUGUCAAUAUAUAAAAAAAAAGAAAGAAAAGUGUUUCAUAUUGUGCAAUAAGUUGGAGGAGAUCUCAGUGUUCUUUAAAUGUAAAUUUAUGAAAAGAAAAACUCAUUUCCUUAUAGAAUGUAUUUCUCCUUCUCGAAAUCAAAUAUAUAUAUAUAUAUAUAAAUAAAUAUUGCGAACUAUUGUACAGAAGAUAAACUUUUAGCACAUUAAUAGCAUAUCAAUGAACGAACGGUCAAUUUUGCAAAAAAAUUAUAUAUACCUUAAGAAAAAUUUCUGUAGGCAUAAGUAUAAAUUAAAUGCUGCUAAAACAAAAACUUGUACCUAUAUCCGUUCUAUGUUAAAAAUCUUCCAUGAUACAAAAUUAAUAUCUUGUUUUAAAUAAAGAUUGUUCAUUUAAAAAAAUAAA